AUGGACGAGUUCGAGAAGCGCACCGAAGCGAACAUCAAAAGCUCGCUCGACACUUUCGGUGCCACGCAGAAGACGAGCAUUGGCCUUCUCAUCAAGCAGUUCGACGAGAAGAUGCAGGGCCAGUUCAACGAGCUCAAUCUGCGCCAACACGACUUGGACAAGCAGCUCAGUACCUACAAGGAGAAGGCCGACAAAGAACGUGCCGCACUCCGACGUGACAUCGAGGACCUCAAACGCCGACUGGACGUCGCGGAGAAACAGGAGUGGGCCACACCGGACGACAUUGCUGCAAUCGACGAUGACGCCCUCCCCGACCCCUCCAUCCUCAAGGUCCGCGUCUCCGAGUUUGCCUCCAAGGAUGCUGUCUGGGCCUGCUUCGCGGAACUCCUCAAAGACGCCAGCCUGGACAGCGACGCCGAGGUCUUCUCAGGCCCUCCGGCCGGCCGUCUUUUCGAGGUCCGCUUCAGCGGCGUCAACGCUGCUAUCAACGCUACCCGCACCUUCGACGCUCAGCGCAAGAACGGAGAUUGGACUAAGCUCCGCUGCCGGCCCGCCAGUGGCAAUGGUGAGGCUAACGUCUACGUCAGCCCGAACAAGAUCGCCAAGACGGAACGAAACGAAGCUUUGCUACGCCAGCUCCGCAAGGCAACGGUCACUUGCUACCAACAGCUCCAAGGUCACACCCGCCUCGCACGGAGCGAUGGCAUCCUCCUCGUCGACUCCGAGCCGGCCGCUGCUAAUGGCGUCGGCUUCGCCUUCUGGAACGCCCAGGGCUUUUACGCAUACGGCCCCCACCAGCGCGCCGACAAGAUCAGCUACUUGCGCCGUCUUCUCAAAAACACCACCGUCGUCUUCAUCGCUGAGGCGCACUGCACGGUUGACGCUUUUCGAGCUCUUCUUCCCGACGUCGAUCGUGAGUGGUGGAUCUCCGGUGCCCCGGGUUCGAGCUCUUCUGGAGGGAUCAUCGCCCUUGUUCGCAAGGGCUGGACAAUCCCUGGUGCCGAACCCGACUGUGAAAUGCUCGCGGAGAAACGUGUUGUCCGAUUGGCAGUCCGCGCGGCCAACUACAGUUGGAUCGCCUACGCCGUCCACAACUUUCACAUCAGCGAGGCCGACCUCGCCAGCAUCAAGACCUUCGCCCUCAAUGACAUCAGCGACGCGAAGUUGCACCCCCUCCUCAAGUCCGUCUGGUUUCUCGGCGACUGGAACUUCCUGGACGCCGAUGACCGCGUGCAGGUCGUCAGGGCACCUCUUGCCCCCGAGCGCCAUCGGUCGGCGCAGCACGUCGCUACCUGGGCUACCUUGCUCAAUGCCUGCACCACUUACGAGACCUCGGAGGCCACGCAUUACGUCAAGGGUAAAUAUGCCCGUCUUGACCGCAUCGCUAAUACCAUUCCCCCCUGGGCCAUCGGCUCUGUCAGGUUCGCGGUCUCUGUGCUUGAUGAUCCGAUGCGCCUCCGGCUGAUGAAGGUCAGCGAUCACGCCGCUGUCACGGUGCACAUUGGGCAGCGCGCUUCACGCCCGGCUCGCCGUCAAGUCAUUCCUCGCGAAGUCGCGCAGGCCCUCUUCAAGGAGAUCCACGACACCAUGUGCACGAACAUCAACAUUUCUGAUUUGCCCACCGUCCUGAGGUGGCAGACUCACAAGGAUAUCAUCCAGGAAGCGGGCCGGAUCGUGCGCAAUUUCAUCUUGAAGAGUACUCCCCACGUCGCGCUCGCGAAGAAACUCGCCAUGUCCCCCCUUUCUCGUGCCAUCUGGCAGGCCGACCCCCACCUCGCCAAGGCCGUCCUCACCAAUUUCGCACAGGGCUACGACUACGUCGCAAUCAAUGACGGCAAGGUCGUCCUCCUCGACCCGCACCGCUUCGCGGGCACUUUCGACGAGCUCGCUGCUGCCGAGGCCUCCGCGGAGGCUGGCCGCCUCGAGGCCCAGGCCGCGGGUCGUAACAGCCCCGGCGUGGCGGAGCGGCUCCGGGCGCGCGCGCACGUAGUCAAGAACAAGGCCAAGCUCCACCUGCACUCCGCCAAGAAGCUGGUACUGGGUGCACUCGUCGCGCCCAACCCGCUCGGCGGCGAGCAAUUGACCCGCCGCCCUCAGGAUCAAGCUCAGGCGCUCGCCCGGGCCUGGGCGCCGCACUUCGUGCCGCGGCCCGCGGACGCUCGCUUCGCCGAGACCUUUCUCGACAAGUGGGCCUCCCCGCUCGACUGGUCCACGGUGCUGCCGCCCUCCACGAACCUCAUCAAAUCUUUCCUUAAGUCUACGACGGAUUCCAGUCCUGGCCCGGGCGGCAUCGCCUAUUCGUUCUGGGAGCACUCGAGAGAUUGGGGUGCCGAGACGCUCCUGCAG